AUGGCCGCCAGUGUGUCCAUGUCUGGUUCAAGGGGCCCAAUACUUGGGUCGGAGGACUACAGUCUCUAUAGCGGCCUGACAGAAGAUGAGCUGAUUGAGUUAGCUAUUGAGCGGAGUUUGGCCGAUGCCCAAGCAUCCGGUACCUUGCUGGGAUCCACCAAGACACCUGCUGUGCAGAGCAAGCCUACAUGGAGUCGGCCUACCAAGUCGAACCUGGCAAUGAGACAGUCAACUCCUCACUCUGCUAAUGUCCCUGCACCAGCCAACCCAUCAGCCAUCCAAACCAGCCAACAACGUGGAAGACUGCCUGAUGCCCAACAAAGUGGUUCCUCUGCUAAAGCCACCACAAGCUACACAUUUGUCACUGAGGAAGGGCAGCGAUGUGUGGCGUGGCAAAGAUACGAUGGGUCGAUGCACGUAACCCCGGAGACGAAUGAGCCUUUAGACCCCGUCGUUGAAGCAGUCCAGAAGGGUGCAGUGGAGUCUCUGACCAAAAUGGCCCAAAUGGGGAAAAGCCUGGCACAGCUCAACAAACAGGGCUGGAGCCCCCUGCAUGAAGCUGCAUUCUGUGGCCAAGAGAAAUGCCUGGAGGUUAUUCUGAAGGUCCAUCCUGAGCUGAUCAACGGGCGCACACAUCGGCAGCAGACACCUCUGCUCCUGGCCUCAGCAGCAGAACGGAUAGCUUGUGUGAGGCGUCUCCUGCAGAGAGGGGCAGACCCCAACAUCCCCAACAAGAACGGGGAGACCCCCCUCUACAAAGCUUGUGAGCAAGAGAACGGGAAAAUUGUGGCGCUCCUUCUGAACUUUGGAACCCAGGUCAACAAGCCCUGUCUCCAGGGCUGGACGGCUCUGCACGAGGCCGUGUGCCGUAACAACGUGGAGAUCUGCGAGACGCUGGUGAAGGCUGGGGCCAAAAUCAGCACCACCAACAAGUACGGCAUCACCCCGCUCUUCAUUGCAGCCCAGAGUGGGCGAGCAAAAACCCUCCUCUUUCUUAUCAGAAAUGGCGCGGACGUCGACAGCCAGGCGCACGACGGUGCCACAGCUCUGUACGAGGCCAGUAAGAACGGCCACGAGGAGAUCGUGGAGCUCCUUCUGUCUCAGAAUGCAGACGCCAACAAGGCGGCCAAGUCCGGACUGCUGCCCCUGCAUAUCGCUGCCCAGCGUGGCCACGAAGGAAUCGUGUCCAUGCUGAUCCCCAAAACCAGCAGGGCCCGUGUGCAGCGAAGCGGCAUCAGCCCCCUCCACCUGGCAGCCGAGCGCAACAAGGACGAGGUCCUGGAGCUCCUGAUUGAGACAGGAUUCGAUGUCAAUGCCACCCUGUCGACUGACCGCUCCAAGAUGUAUGAGGACCGCCGCAGCACGGCUCUCUACUUCGCCGUCAUUAACAGCAACAUCGACGCCACCACCAUGCUGCUGGAGGCCGGUGCCGACCCCAACCUGGACACCUUCAGCCCGCUGCUGGUGGCCGUGAGGCAGGGCUGCAUCCGGACAGUCACCCUCCUGGUGGAGCACGGCGCAAACGUCAAUGCCUACAUCCCCACCCACCCCACAUCCUUCCCUGCCACUGUCAUGUUCUGCAUGAAGUACCUGCCCCUGCUCAAGUAUCUGAUGGACAACGGUUGCGACGCCCUGUCCUGCUUCCAGUGUGUGUACGGCAGCAACCCGCACCCGCCCAUCAAGACAGCCCGCAACAGAGAUGAGCAGUUUGACAGUGAACACCCCCCCAGCACUCCUGUACAGUUUUGCGAGAUGGUCUCUGCAGAGUUAAACUGUUGCUGGGCUGGACCCAUCAUCGACGUGCUGCUGGACUACGUGGGCAACGUGCAGCUCUGUGCCAGACUCAUGGAGCAUCUGGACAGCUACAAAGACUGGGCUGUAAUCAAGGAGAAAGCAGAGUUGCCACGCCCCUUGAUGCACAUGUGCAGGCUUGCGAUUCGCCAACAGGUGGGACUUGGGAGAAUCGAGCGCCUGAGCACACUGCCUCUUCCAGGACGGCUAAUCAAAUACCUAAUUUACGAUCGCUCCCAAUACAGUUAA